AUGAAAUCUCUCCACUUUUUCCAUUAUAUUGCACUGGUUGUAAGUGUAGGAGUUGUAUAUACGAAGACAAUGGAAGUCACAGGGCAAAAAGCUGUGGGGUUUGAAGCUGCCAAACGUACAGGUGGGUUUGAGACGAGUACCAUAGGUGAGAAGCUUAAGGGACCUGGAAUUGUUGCGGUGCUUGAGCAGAACUGUAAUCAAAGUAGACAAUUAGAAGAUACUCUUAAGAGCCUCGGCGUGCCUUAUCAACCGUUCUACGUGGAGGAGAAUCUGGAUCUUUAUAGCACUGCGAUUUCUAAAAACGGCGGGGAGAUUCCUUUGUUGUACGAGGACGGGAAGAAGGUUGAAAAUGUUGUGGACUUUUUAAAAAAGUACAAGGAGGAGCAUACAAAAACAGAAAACAAAGAUGCAAACGAAAAAUAA